GCAAUAAGGGUAAAGAACUCGUUGAUCCCUAUCAACUCUGUUAUCAGAAAAUGACAGUUAUGGAACUUUGUAAUCUCCGUAAUUCCGGAUCGUCAUUGCGAUUAACCAAUUUUUCGUUUUACAGGAGCGAUCUCGAACCAAAAGGGAUUCAUUCGUGUGCCUAUGAUGAAAUACUCCGCAUAUUCACAGGCCUUGGCGGUUCGGAGAUUUGUUCGAUAAAGAUUGGUUCAUUUUUCCAGUAUGUGUUGAGGAAAUACGAAAUGCCUGAUAUCGACCUUAACUUUAUUAUUCGAGGUGUUGGAGUCGAUGGUAUUUUCACUCUAUCUGUCGAUAAUGGGGAGUCGGUAGAGUUUCUCAAAAAUAAAAUUCGAAGCAAUCAACUCGGUUCAUUAAAAAAUCCUACCACACCCGAUAAUAGAGAGGGACAACUUAUGAAUCCACAAGAAAUAAUUUCCGAGUAUUUUACUGUCUUAGACAUCCACGCUCUUAGAACAAAUCCCCCUUAUCUUUCAGAAGAUGGUGAAAUAGGUCCUAUAAAUGUUAUUAUCUACCCCUCUGCUGAAUAA